AUGGUUAGGCCGCUUAAUAAGGAAUGGAAGUUCUUCGGACAUAAGUACCGUGUGAGUGGUGCCAAGUGUGCAAAAGUUGACUGCAAAGCGUGUCAGACACAGGUCUCUGCUUCGAUUAACCGUCUACAAUCACACAUACGUGUGUGUCCGGCCCGCACCGCGUCAACGACAUUUGCUUAUGAUUCCAGCAGUAACACGAGCGACUGUUCCAACACGGGGUUGUCAGAUGCUAUUCCAGCAUCUUUAGAGAUUGAAAAACAUACCAUAGAGGCCCCUACGUUGAGAAACCUGACUACCGAGCAGACAUCGAUGACAUGUGAUGCUCCACUAGCUAAGAAACAGCGUCAAUCGCCUUCUAAAGUGUAUGAUCAGCCACGAAUGAAUGCGUCGACUGCCAACGUCGCUGUUGUAACAAGUGAAGAUGGUUCUUGGAUCGAUUCUGUUAUGGAUGAAGCUGUGGAAACAGUACAACCAGCAGCUACUUCAGUGCUCAACAAACGUCGAUUGGAGAUCGAGGAAAAGCGUUUGUAUCUUGAGCUCAAGAGAGACCAGCGCGAAGAGCGCCGAGAACGGCUGGAGUUGGAGAUUUUAGACGCAAGGAUAAGAAAGGAAAAACUGUUGGCAGAAAAGGAAGGAUACGAGGCCAAGGUACUGCUUGCACUGUCACGAAAACAAUUGUUUGACCAAGGAGUGGAUGAAGAUGAGGUCAACCGGAUCCUGCCAAUUUCGACGUUUCAGACUAGUUUCAACAACAGUAAUUCUGCUACGACUGAGGCAGCUACUACCACCGCAAACACAAUUGAAACGCCAAGUGCUUCAACUAGUUGGGAAAAAGAUGCAAUGUCGGAAACCAACGAGUCUGAGGCUUUUUAA